GCGGACCCCGCAAUAGGGCAAUUAAUGGCCCAACUGCAGUAUUGAGGUAUGUGGGCGUUCCUACGUAUAGAAAGAGGCGGACGACGCUCACGAUGACGGCGGAAUUCCGACUUUGAAGCAGAGGUUUGCACGCUUUUAGCAGGAGAUCAAGAUCUGGGUCGACUACCUGAAUCUCCUUGCCGAACUCCUCGGGUUCCGCAUUCCCUUCAUCUCCAUCUUCAUAAAAACCCUUGGGGUUGGAUACCCUUAUUCUUUCUGUCCUCCUAGGAAAGCAUUUUCUGGCAUAUACUGUCAUCAGCCGUAGGGUCGCAAGCUGGCCCCAUUCAUCCAUAUCCACCAGCUUCCUCACCAGGCUGCGAUAAUGUUUGUGUAUCAAAUCAAUCCUGUCAGGGCACACCUCGAGAAAGGACGAUACUGCAGGUCCCACGACGAAGUACUGACUGUCGCCUAGGAGUGUAGAUAGAUAUUCCAAAAGCUGAGGCAACGUGGAUGGAUCUAGUCUAUAGCAUUUUGGAAUGGCUAGUGCUGCAGCUUUGCGCACAUGAGGACUCAUAUCUCCACAACCACGUUUAAUGGCCAACGACACGAUCUGGUUAAUAACGGGAACCCUGAUCCCCGACAUUGUCCGCAAAGCCAUGGCGCGCACUUGAGGAUUCUGAUCCGUCAAUGAUUUUUGAAUGGCGUUGAUAGAGAGGAGUGCGAGAUCCGGUUCGGACUCGGCAUGGUGAAGUAGGUAGAUGUAGACUAGUUUCUUCACCUCGAUAUUUGGGUUCGCGACGUUCUUCACAACUGAGGAGAAGAAGGGUAGACAUGGUUCGCCUCUAUACAUUAACUGGAUACUCUGUCAGCGCCUUUCAUUAACCAUAUUAGAGUGCAUCGAUCAUACAGCUAUGACUUUCCGCAACCCGUCCAGUAUAUCCCGAUCACUCCUGCUGUCGAGGAGCUUCUUGAUCUGCGAAAACGAGAUAUGGCGGUAUGGUGAGUUUGAUUUGAAAGCGCCCCGGGAACUGCUGGCGCUUUGAGCGGCUUCGAUUGUGAGCUCCCGAGCUGUAGAUACCAUAUAAGUAUAUGCUGAUGCUCCAUAUGACCGGGGAAUCUUAAAACGGGCAGCGGGUUAAUUACCUGUUUCCAGCAUGGAGGAAAUGCGCGAGAUCGACUCCAUUUUUCAAUUUGGCCCCAGCAGCUGCGCGCGCCCGCAGCUAAUCUGGUGUAGUCGAGCAGCUCAUGGAAUAGAAACGGAAUGGUGGAACAAACAAGGCGGUGGGCGGGGGUGAGUUGGUGUUGGUAGUGCGCAGGAUGACGCUGUGGUUGAAGUUGCCGAGUGAUGGAGCUUUGGUGGCGUUGUUGUCUUGUCCCUCGCCAAGUACGACAACGACGACACACCCAAGACAUCAACUGUGAUAUAUCGAUGGAUACACGCCUGUUGUGCUUUGCAAUAUCUGCACUGAGAUAUAGACGAGUGAAACUAUUACUAUGACAUUUAUAGUCUCACCCAAACAUCUAUCUUGCGGAACAGAGCAAGAUCUCUCUCCCCUUGGCGAAUGCCCCUCGAUAUGGUCUCCAAUCGCAGCCCAAUUAUCCUAUCUCUAGACUCCACAGGAGACUUAGUGGAACAUCUACUUGCAAGAGACGCGCCUGCGACCACACUGAUUCCGCCCUCACCACAAGAUGACCACGGCAUGGACUACCAUAUAUCCUCAAAUUGUCGGUUUUACAAUACCAUAGGGUUGAUUGCUCAGUCUAAAAAGGUCACAUUGGCGUUUUGCCCAAGCCUUGAGCAUUUUCGUGCUUACAUAUCUGUUUUCCGACGUCGGCGGCUGCCGUCACCUCAACAAGAGCACGGUCGUCUCUCAUACAGAAGUAGGCCUGUACUGGCUGUCCUUGGUCUGAUUGCACUUCAUUACGAUACGAAGGAGUUUUCUGCCCAGGGCAUUGCGAAAAAUCUUGCACUCACUGUUGAGAUUGCUGCUAGGGAGGGGUUUAAUUUGACCUUGUGCGAGUGCGUUGUUGUUGGUCGUGAAAAUGCCAGUGGUGGUCGCCUGUGGGAUGCUGAAGUGCCUCUGCUAAGCGGACAGACACUCGUGGCGGGAACUGAAAGUGCUCAUACAGGGCGGACUGUGAAAGUGAAUCAAGUUGCGAGAAGAUGGUUUUAUUUUGUUUGAGUGAACAAAGUAUUUACAAAGACGAGAAGGAAUCCUCCUUGAAUUAUGGAACCUGCCCCAAGUUCCCCAAGUUUAUGCAAGAAAGCCCCCGAACCAGAACCGGGAAAAUAAUACCAAAUCAACCUUGAAACCAUAAGGGUAUCCUGGAAAAAAGAAAAAAAAAAAAAAAA